AUGGCGGCCGCAACAGACUGUCACGGCUCAUCCUCAGAGGAGGAUCCUCUGGACGCCCCUGACGCCAUACCAGAGGCCAGGGACCCGUUCGUGACAGCACCCAUGGGUGACCUGGGAGCUCCAGCCACAAAAGGGGACAUCGUGAACCUUCUGAAAAAUGUGCGCUGCCUGUUUCACGCUGAUAUGGCAAUCCUGCGAGAAGACGUGACGGCGGUAACUAACCGGGAAGAGUCACUGAAGAAGACCUAUACACAGUCAUUCAAUGCCAAACUGACACAAGCACACAGAUCCAGAAACUUGAGGCCUCACACAAGACACUGCAAGAAAGGCUGGACAUGCUAG